AAUGUAACACCGUCCCCUAUUUACUGAUGUGUUAACGAUCGUUUGAGAGCCAUGGAUGAAGAAAGCGGAAUGAGCACAUCCAAGUGUCUGCAACCAAGUUGCGCAGGGGGACGACCGUCCGUCCUUGAUGAGAUGCAAGCUUUGAGGACACAAAUUAGUACUCAAGCCUGGUGUAUCGAUUCAUUGAACAAAACACUGAGUGCUCUACAGGCUGAAAGCAACCAAAAUACAGCUGCAAUCACACAAAUUCAAGCUGAGUUGUGCAACCUCACCAAACACCUCUCUGGUCAACGGCUGGAGGAGCGCUUCGAGGCCCUUCACUGUGAGGUGUCCUCCGAGCUCCAUUACCUGCGCAGCCUUCUGCUUCCCUCCUCCUCCCCUGGGCCCUCCUCGGUCUGCCUGCCAUCAAGCUCCAAAUCGCACCCUGUAAACCCCCAGAGCCAGGCUGGCCUCAGCCACCUUGCCCAGGAACUCUAUCACAGUAGACGGAUCCUUUGGGAGCAGAUAGGAGAUCUGAGGGAGGAGAUGCAUGACAUCCAGUACCAGCUCAAUCAUCAACGAGAGGACGUGCAACAGAAGCUGACUGAGAGGUGUUCCAAUGACAGAUGCAUGGAGAGUGUGACUGGCUGCUGUAUGGAGAAAGAUGAAACACUGCACAGAUCACAGGACGGGGCUGAUAUUUCACAACUACAGAAGUCACUUCAGAGAGUAGCCAUAUCCAAGGGGAAGGCCCCCAAGAAACCUGGACGGGUGUUCAAACCUAAAACAACCAGAUCUCUACUAACAACCUCAGACUCUGAGGAAAGUUCUACUCAACUUGCUGUGACAUCAUUGAACAUAAAAAAGGAAGUGAUCCCAACAGCUCGCAGGAAAUAGAGCUCUGGAUUUCACAUCUAUCACAGGUCCAACUGAAAUACUCCAACAUAAAAAAAAACACAUGCAGUAAAUAUCUUAAGUAAA